CACCGAGAGUGGCUACUUCUUGGCUGAUCUUAAACUCGGUCAUGAUCUCAACAAUGCCACCGGUGUAGGCAGAUGAAACCAGGGCGACUGCCAAGGUGGCGAUGGCCACGUCCAUGGUGAUGAACCAUUUCUUGAAGGUGCUAAAGAGCAUGGGGUUUCGAGGAUCGUCGGGGAUGAAUUGCACCAGGUAGGGAUCUUCCUCGGUUCCGGCGCCUGGGUAUGGGAAGUUGAGGACGUCGCUGGUGACUCCGGCCUGAUCUGCAACCAGUCGCCAGUAGGGGAUUUUCGUGCGCUGGACCAGCUCGCCGUCGGGCUUGGCCUUUUCAGGGGAUGAAGCCAUGUUGGCUAGCGGUUAUGUCGAAUCGUCGCUCGUCUCGUGGUGUUUCGGAUGGCGGUUGGUUUCGAGUCAGGUUCGGCGAUGUUUCGAUGAUCCCGGUCGCAGUCUUUUUGGUGUCUCCCACUGUGAGUAAAAAAAUUGAAGCGGAGGACUUUGCAUUUGUUUAUAAAGCGUUAUCGUCGGGCAAUACCAUGACGUCGCCUACGUUAGUUCGCGGCUUUAGGCGAUGGCUGUCCCACUUCAAACGGCGCGCGGGCUGCAAAAGGUUCCCGACCCCGGCCUCAUCGAGGUCAGUCUCGGGUUUGACUGCCAUGUACGGACGAUUUAAAGGGUCUGCUUAAUAAACGAUUCGUGGCUUAGGAGGGUCGGUGGUCCCAUCUGUUAAACCCGUUGCUGGCAAUAUCGGUUUUAAG